AUGAUAAAACGUAUGGUAGAAAUAAUCGUUUGCCUCUUGAUUUACCAGUCUAAUUUGGUUUAAGCUAAAAUAUCGAAGGUAAAAAUAAUUUACUCAAAUUCUGAGUUUAAUCGUAAAAAGUUAAAGAGUGACUUGAAACUAGGAUGGAUAUUUGAGUAAAAUAAAUAUCUAGGAGUCAGAGAGCAUAAAUUUGAUACCUAAUGUACUGAUGAUGUCAUUCAGACUGGAUUCAAUAUUGAUGGCAAUGAUAAUAUGAUUUCUUCAGGCUAUGUCACUUCAUCAGCUUCAACUAGUUGUCCUCUGUUUACUAAUAGCUAGAUUGGAAAAUAUCCAUUUUUAACAAAGUUAGACCAAUAUGGAUAAAUACAAUGGAUAACUACAUUGACAUCAUCAUCUAGUAAAGAACUACAAAGUCCAAUAUUAGGCGAUACUAGUGCAUACGCUUAUCUUGUUGCAGCUAAUAUUCUUAGAAUCGUUAGACUUACAGCAGACACCGGCACCCAAGAUAUGGAGAAAAACUUUGAUUUUUUCAGUUCUAGCUCUGCAACACUAAAAAACGCAUAAUUACUUCAACUUUCAGCCGAGACUGAUAUUUACUCUUCUAUUACUGUUUAAACUUCUUUUUUUGCAGCUUCUUCAACUUUCGAGGGUAUUUUAAUGAAACUUGAUAAAGAUCUUGCAAUAUAAUGGUUUAAAAGGUCAAGAGGAUUCUCAACCAAUCCAUUAUUUUCGAUUGACGAUGCAUACUUAACUUCGAGCAAUAUUUGGUAACUGAGUUACUUCUACACUAGUGCUUCAUAAUAUUCAAAUUCAGUUUAGAAAAUCUAAAAAUCAGAUGGAACCAUCAAAUAGGAACUUAGAUGGUACAAUUCAGCACCUACAGCAAAUCAAGGUUCAAUAGUAAUUAAUAGUGAUGAGACCAAAUGGUACACUGUCAUUCAAGGCUCUACAAAUUUAAUAACUCAUUAAGUUGGCCUUAUAUCUUCUAACACACUGCAAUCAAAUUUCCAAACUACUUUUACAUUAAAAGAUAUAAAUCAUCAUAUAGAUCCUAAUGAUAAGAUACUCUUUGUUAAAAUCAAUCCAUAAACAGGCGCGUUUCUUUCAAUUCAAACAAUUUAAAAGGGAACUACUUCUUCCUUGCCUUAAUUAACAAAAACUGCUUCUUCAGAUAUAAAUUCAAUUUACAUCUCAUACCAUAAUUCUGCUUUCAUCUCAGGCUAUAAAUCAAGGAUAAUAUUUUACAAAGUUGACUAUGAUUUGGAGAUAUCAGGUUAUAACUGUAUAAAUGUAACAUCUGCUACAAUUACAACCUCAACUGCUUUAACAAGUGCUAAUUCUGUCUCAUCUCUUAUUCCAUUAUAUGCAACAGUUUCAGAGGCUUCUGUUUCACUAUCAACAGUAACUGCUCAAUCUUUAAAUAGUCCUGCUGCAUUGGCGAAUUUCUACACUUUUUAUGAUACAUCGAUUUAGCCUGAUUGUAUGAUUCCUAAUGCGGUGAUUCCAUCAGAGAUAAUUUAUGAUUUAAAUACUGAUGCUGGAAUAGCAAGAGAAGUAGGGCCUCUAACUGUUACUUCUUGUCUUGGAAAGUAAUUUACAAUAACUGGCGUAUAAAAUCAGGAUGGGACAACAAUAACUGGAACAUAAAUAACUUAUACAUAAUCUACUAAGGUGAUUAAGAUAAAUCUUGCAAUAACAGAUUAUGUUAACUAUGUUGGUACUUUACACUUUAGAGUUGUAGCAACUUAUAAAGAUGUGACUGUUUAUCCAUAAUUGAGAAUUACUGUUUUACCUUUGAUUACCUAUGUAAGAGAUCCUACAAACCCAAAUCAUGAUACAUCAACAUGUGCAGAAAAAAUAUACCCCUUUUUCUAUGGACAUACUUUUAACAGCCAUUUGCUAGAUUUUAAAAUUGACAAUUAUGGAAACUUCUUAAUAGCUGGAAGUGGUGUAAGUCCUCCUUUUGGUUCAAGUGGUACCAUUGAAAAUGGAUUCCUAAGUUUAAUGGACUAAAGAGGUAAUCCUUAUUGGAUUUAUAGCCUCGACACUUAGGUCGAUGCAACUUCAGCUUAGUAUUGCUAAUAAAUUAGUUAGCAAUCAACGUUUGUGUUUGGGCUCUGCUAAUCAAAAGUUAAUAUGUACAUUAAUGUCGGAUUAAUUGGACUGUUAAUAAAACUAAAUCAUAAAAAUGGACAACUAUUAUAUUCCAAAAUGCUACCAAAUGAUCAAUAUUAACCUUAGAACUAGCUUCCUCUCUACUUAUAAUCAAUAAACACUGAUAGAUUGCUCAUAAUUUAAAGAUACCAAUCAUCAGCAGGAGCAUAUAAAUCAUUCUCUGCUUUUCUUCUAAAUGAAACUUCGUAGCUUCCUAUAUGGUACAAUUACUAUCCAACUGACACCACGUUUUAUGAAAUGAGUUUUCUUGUUGAUUAAACUAAUGGGUUCUUCUAUCAAUUUAAACAUGUGACUGAAUAUAAAAUGUGGAAAUAAGAAUUCACUAGCUAUUAUCUAUCAUUUGGAAUAUAAAUGUGGCAAGAUACGCCAUUUUAUGCUUUUUAAGGUCAAUAUGCUUCUGCUAAUAAAGAUUCAUUUAUAAUUUUCAAGGAUACCAAGACUCACAACUAUGUAGAUUUACCUAUUUUAGCAGCUACAGAAACUCAAUUCUACCCAUCAUUCUCAACAACUGUUGUUAACCCAGUGAUAACUAUUAUUAGCGGUGUAGAAAUACCAGCACCGUUAUAAACUGCAAAUAUUGAUUUUCUUCACGAAAUAGGGGGUAUAAAGAUGUUUACUACUAUUAAAUUAACUCUACCUAGUAAUAAUUGUUAAGGAAAACAAAUAAAGCUUACAGUUUUAAAUCCCUUCACAGAUACUUCAACUUUUGAAUAAACAUUCAUUUCAUUUGAUAACAAUGAUACUGUAGCCAUCGAUACUAAUUUAGUAGUGAGGCCAUUAUAAUUCUCACUCAAGGUUAGAUAUGCUGAUGAAGCAAUGUCAACCAGUGAAGCAUAUUUCGAUUAUUCUAUAUUAAUAAGAAUUGUUGCACCUCAAAAUCUGACAAUAGAGGUGCAUAAUUAGGAUGAGUGCUUUUAAAAUUAAUUCUCAAUGUCAUUUGGUUCAAAUUGCGGUAAUUGUUUUUUUUACUCUAAUGGCUUUUAUUUAAGCAGAGAAGAUGAGAAUAUGAUUUUAGUUGGAUAAGCAGCACCAACAAACGCAUUCUUUAUAAAUGAAGAUUUAGAUGAUGCAUUUAUUGUCAGAAUCUCGCCAACUGGAUGGGUUUAUUGGCUUAAUCAAGUAUCAGCAAAUUAAAAUGUUAAUGAUGCUAUAACAUCUGUAACAAUGUCAAAAGGUUUUAUCUAUUGCUUCUUCCACAAUUAUGGAAGUACUGAACCUAAUAGAAUUCAUGCAUUAAUUAAACUUAGUUACGAAGAAGGCAAGGUUCAGUGGACUAAAAGAAUUAUCCCAUCUAAUCCAAUUGACACUAAUAGUUUUAUUGUCUCAUUUAUGAGAUAUAUGGUGACCAAUCCUUAUAAUAGUUCUUAAAUAAUGUCUUCUGUACUAUUCCAAUGGAAUGCUGACUCAAUGUAUUCAGGAAAUAUUUUGUUUGUAAAUGACGGUGUUGACUUUAAAUCUGAUUACAAUAUAAUUAUUAAACCAUUGGCAAAAUUAGCUGGUUCUAGAAAUUCUGCAGGCUAUAUAGAGUUUCAUCCUGACUCUAAUUUUGUCUACAUGGCUCAUGCUUCUUAUACAACUUCAGGAUCAUACUAAGAUAUGAUGCUGAUGAAACUUGAUGCAAUCACAAAAUAAAUUAUUUGGUCAAAUACAUACAAUAGAUUUAGAACACUUCCUGAAUGGGAACAAUUGUAACCUGCAAUAUCUUUUUGUAAUAAAACUCAAUUCUUAUAUAUGAUGACUUUCCCAUUUCACCUAUAAAUUGUAAAGUUAGAUAAAAAUGGGGCAAGAUAAACAAGAGGUAAUAUUCACCAGAGAGGAAGUGAUUAUUACAUAGUAGGUAUUAAUAUGUGGUCUUAUGGUACAACUACUCCAACUUCAGAAGCAGUAUUUUGGAAGCAUCAUUACGAAUUAAGCAAAAGGCUAAAUUAUGAUUGCCAUUCAUUUCCUGUUGUAAACUAUUUUAGCAUAGUGAACAAUUAUACACCAGUAAAUACAGCAAUACCCAGUUUAGCAAUAGUUGUCAACCCACAACAACUCCUAUUGCUAGAUGCUGAUUUCAUAAAAUCGUAUUAAUUGUAAACCUACGGGCCAGGAUUACUCUAUCCUAACUCUGAUAAAUUGCAUGCAAGUACCUAUUAUGAUACAAAUAUCUAGUGUGAAAAUACUGGAUUAUCUCCGCCUUCUCAAGAAGCUCUUACAUCUUUUGAGGUUAACAUGGGUGAAUUGAAAACGUUUGACAUAUCUGAUUUGGGUAUUAAAUAAUGCUAGAAAAUGAAAGUAACUUACACACUGUAUGAUGAAGCUAAUAUGUUAACAAGAACAAUUAAUAAUAACUUUAUUUCAAUUGUCUAGAAUUCAUAAUUGAUAGUUGAUGCAAGAAACAACCCUCCUUAUCCAAGCUAGAGAAUAUUAUAUAUUAAAUCUUGCAUCCAAGCUUUUAACACAAAAUGCUCCAUUAAUUAAGCUACUUUAGUAAUUUGGCCUUUAGAUAUGUCUGAUGCUCCAAAAACUGAAGGAUAAACUUAAUGUUUAGGUAUGCAAGAAUUCCCAAAGAUUUUGGGCUAACGAAUUUAUUAAGUUUCACCUACACAUGCAGAUAUGGAUAAAGAUAAUGGAAAUUUUGUAGUCUGUGGAAGAACUACUGCACCGAAAUAUUAAAACAUUUAAUAUCCUAAUACUGCGCAAGGUGGUAUAAUUGUUUUCUCAAGCCUGUAUGGAUAAGUAUACUGGGCUUACAAUAUUCAACGUAUACUUGCUGGCAAAGUUUCUUAUUUUUUGAAUUGUGUGAUUGCAUCAGAUGGCUACAUUUAUUCCCUUAUAUUUAGAGAAACAGAAAAUCAAAUGGCAGUUUCGAAACUAGAUAUAACGAUUGAUCCUCCAAGAGUGAAGUGGUACACUUAUAUUUUACCUACAGGAUCUUCUACCUUUAGCGGAGUUUAACAAAUUGUAUUUCCUCUUGAUUCAAGAUACUUUUUUUCAUUUGGCACAAUGUAUAUCACGCCAUAAUAUACUUACUACAACUACAUCUAGAAGUAUUUAGCUGAAGAGGGAAAAGUUGUUGCAACAAUAAAUCAUCCAACCUCCUUGACAACAUCAAAUCUUAGAAUAGCUGUUGACUCUAACUUUGUCUAUUUCUCUUCAGCUGAAUACAGAACUAGUACCUAUUAUAAAUAUUUAAGACAAUACAACCUCAAUCUAUAAAUUGUCAAUGGUUUUUAUUUCAGUAUGCCAACAUUAAACUAGGUUCUUUGGACAUCGUUAAUGUCAAAAUAACCAGUUUUUUCUAAUCCUGAGGCAUUUAUUGAAAAAUUGACAAUAGAUUUAGAUUCCCCUGACUCAGGAGACUAACCUCGAUACUCUUCCCCAAUGAUUAAUCAAAUUAUAUAAUUACCAAUAUCUACUCCAAAAACUUAUACAUUUGAUUAUCCUGUUGAUUGCUUUAACAAUGAACUGGUUUUUACUUGGGCAGUUGAUUUUUAUGCAUCACCCCCUUCAUUUUUAACAUUUACUACUUCAAAUAAAAAGGCUACAUUGAAUAUGAACCCUACGGUCUCAGAUAUUGGAACUUACUCAAUUUAAGUUGUUUUUAUAAAUUCUAAGGACACACUUCUAUUUACAAAAGAUUAUUUCUAAGUUGAGAUUUACCCUGAAAAAUCAUACACAGAUUAAGUAAAGUGUUUAGACUGCCCAUCUAGACCAUUAGCAAUGGCUUUUGGAAUUCAAGCUGAUUAUGUAAUCAAUUACAUGGAUAUUGAUAGUAAAGCUGAUUAUUUUAUUAUAUGUGGGGGUACCAAGACUCUUCAAACUAAAGCUGAUACUUAUACUUAAUCAUUUAUUCUUUAAUAUACCAAAGGAUAUGCAAUGACUUUUCAUUUAACUAUGGAAGCAGGAUCAAUAAAUAACAUGGCUUAGUAGUGUAAUUUUGGGUUUUAAAAUAAUAUAUACACUAUGAUUAAGUCAUUUUCUUAAACUCUUGGUGAUUCUGAUGCAAUAUACAUUACAACUCAUACAAGUUAAGGUAAAUUUUAAGAUGGAAGAGUUUUUAAAACACCAGAUUUAAAUUUAAGACCAAUUCAAAUGAUAGCUGAACCAAUAACAGGAGAUACUUAUUUGAUGGGAAUAUAAGUCAAAACAUUUUUUGCUUUUGAUUCUUUUAAGUAUGUAUUCCUAAUGAAAUAUGACAGAUUCUAUGAAAUUCAGUUUGUGAGAUUUUAUGAAUACUUACCUAAUGAAGGAUAUGAAAUCAAUUUAGAUUAGGUUAAUCUUGCAAUUUAUAUGAUUCAUUCCUAUAAUUAUUCUCCUUUAGCCAAAAAUUAUUUUGCCAUUUUAAAGGUUGAUUAAAUGGAUGGAGAUGUAAUUUGGGCUAAAACUCUGAGAGAUACAAGCGGAUAUAUAUUUUAAUAAGGUGGAGUACCCAGCUAAUAAUUAGGCAUUAGAAUAAUUUAAAACAAUCUUUAUUCAUGUUUGGUUUAUCAAACUAGUGGAAUGACAACCUCUGGCUCUGAGUUAUAUUUAUCAAGGCAUGAUCCAGAUACAGGAUUAGUCUUAUCUCAGUUGUAAUUUGGAUUCGAUUCUGGGAAUGAUAUAUAUGAUUUGUUAAAGAUUUUACAUCUCCAAGUUGGGAAAAUCCUUGCACAAGUGGCUCAUUAUAAACAAUAGAUACAAUUACUUAUUCUGGAUUUAAUUUGCCAAAUGGUAUUAAUGGUGAUCAAAGUAUUCACUGGAAAGACUUAACUCCAUAAUCUAGCAGGCUAGGGAAAAUAUCAUAUAUCAGUUUAUAUUUCACAAAAAUGA